AGCGGAAGUAUGACCCCCCCCCAAAGACCCGGACGUUGUUGUGGUGUGCAUCAGUUGAAUGGACGCAAAUAGUGGAUUUGGGACUUAUUUUCAGAUUAAAUCUUUGUUUUGAAGGUUCAGACAGCUGCUGGGUCAGCAGGCCUUCAUGGCUCACAUCACCAUCAACCAGUACCUGCAGCAGGUUUACGAGGCCAUCGACAACCGCGAGGGCUCCUUCUGUGCUGAGCUGCUGUCCUUCAAACACCCGCACGUUGCCAACCCCCGUCUCCAGCUGGCGACUCCAGAGGAUAAGUGUCAGCAGGUUCUGGAGCCACCGUACGAUGAGAUGGUCGCAGCUCACCUCAGGUGUACCUACGCUGUAGCCAACCAUGACUUUGUUGAAGCCUACAAGUUCCAGACGCUCGUUGUUCAGUCCUUCUUGAAGGCCUUUCAGUCCCACAAAGAGGAGAACUGGGCUCUGCCCGUGAUGUUUGCUGUCACUCUGGACCUCCGGAUAUUCGCCAACAACGCGGAGCAGCAGCUACAGAAGAAGGGUAAAGGUCAGCCUAGCGAGAUGUUGGAGAAAGCAGCAGAGCAGCUGAUGAGCUGCUUCAGAGUUUGUGCCAGUGACAAUCGUGCAGGUAUUGAGGACUCAAAGAAGUGGGGGAUGAUGUUUCUGAGCAACCAGCUCUUCAAGAUUUAUUUCAAGAUCAAUAAGCUGCACCUGUGCAAACCUCUGAUUAGAGCCAUUGAUAGUUCCAACCUGAAGAACGACUACAGUCCAGCUCAGAAGGUCACCUACAAAUACUACGUGGGCCGCAAAGCCAUGUUUGACAGUGACUUCAAACUGGCCGAGGAGUUCUUGUCAUAUGCUUUUGAUCACUGUCAUCGAUCCAGCCAGAAGAACAAGAGGAUGAUCCUCAUUUACCUGCUGCCUGUCAAGAUGUUGCUGGGUCACAUGCCAACGCAUCAGCUCCUUAGGAAGUAUGACCUCAUGCAGUUUUCUGAUGUUACCAAAGCUGUGAGUGAAGGGAACUUACUGUUGCUGAAUGAGGCUUUGUCCAAACACGAGACCUUCUUCAUCCGCUGCGGGAUCUUCCUCAUCCUGGAGAAGCUGAAGAUCAUCACCUACAGGAACCUCUACAAGAAAGUGUAUCUGCUGCUGAGGACUCACCAGCUGCCUCUGGAUGCCUUCCUGGUGGCUCUGAGGAUGAUGAAGGUGGAGGAUGUCGACAUCGACGAGGUGCAAUGUAUCCUGGCCAACCUCAUUUACAUGGGUCACAUCAAAGGCUACAUCUCCCACCAGCACCAGAAGCUCGUGGUCAGCAAACAGAAUCCCUUCCCUCCUCUGUCCUCUGUCUCAUAGUCUAUGAGACAAUCCUACAGGGCUGCUUUCCUGGAAACUUUACUCACUCAAUUCAUAUUUUCUUUAUUUUGUACUUUAAAAACAUGUCGAAUAAAACAGAUGUUGGUUUGUA